AUGUGUUCAUCAGUUUGUGCCCUUUUUGAUCUAAAGCAGAAGGGCCUUAUUCACAGGGCAAUUAAACCCCAAAAUAUUUUCACUGAUGAGGUUAAGGUGAAAAUUAACGAUGCCGCUGUUGAAACCCUUAUAAAUUACUUACGAAAAAACUCCAAAAAAGACAGAGAUGAGAUUUUCAAGUGGUCACCGCCAGAGUCAUUGAAAUGCGGCGAAGUUUUGGACAAAAGUGAUGCCUGGUCCCUAGGUUGUGUCCUUUUCAAAUUACUCUACUGUGGUUUGGGCACGCCUUCUGAAACCAAUAAAGCGAUGACCGUGGUAAGAACCAAAGGCGAAAUACCGCAGACGGCGCUGGAACAGCUGCAUAAAGCGUAUCCGUCUGAGCCAAUCGAUUUGAUCAAAGGAAUGAUUAUCUUGGAUGCGGAAAAACGUGUGGGCAUUACGCAAGUGUUUGAAAGCGCCUAUCAGCAAUCCCUGAUGGAUCGGUACGACUGCGAACGAAAACUCAGGCGAAAGCGCCUAAUGAAACCGACUUCCGAAUGCAACCCGCCCACGGAACGUGGAUUGUCAGCAAUGCUUCGCUUCCUUACCGAGGAAAUUGAGAACGAGAACUGCAUAGCUGCUGCCUUGACGUGGAUCGCAGAAACUCACUGUCGCAACGAGGCCUACUUGCCAGCCCUCCUUCCACUCCAUGUUUGGCGCGUUUUUCUGGUGCACAAGGAAAAUCCCGUCAUUGUGCAACACGGCAUUGCAAUUCUAACACACUGCACGUCAGUCGGUAGAAUGUACGUACGGGAACCUACCAUAUUCCCCCCAAACACGGACUCCGAUUUGCUAAGCUGCUGUGAUCUGCUUAUCGAUAACAGCACUUACUGGAAUGAGAUCACGCUCAGGCUUGUCUGUGACCUGGCUACGAGGCACAUGGAUACACUGGGCGUACAUAUCAAUGUUCUGGCAUUGUUAGAAGUGAUCUUUUGCCCAACCACUUGCUUAUGCUUUCAAAAAAAGACUGAAAAGGAGUACUGGGCAAGGCAUGGCGGUGUGGUUCGCAAGGUUUGCGAAAUCGGCUUCAGCGAGAUCAUUCUGAAGGCUCUCACGAAGGUUCAUUUGGGCAACGUCGACAUUUUGCGUCCUGCGUUGGCUGUUCUAUGGAAGUUGUGCAUUGAUGACCAAAAUGCGAAACAAUUUAUUGAAAUGGGCGCCUUCAAGCUGGUCUACGAUACAAUGUUCUUCUUUCCUAAACACCCUGGGAUUAUUAAUCAAGGCGCACUGUGCUUGGCUGCGCUAGCAACUGAAGAGGCUCUACAUGAGGAUAUGUUCACCAAAGUUGACGUCCUGCCUCUCCUACUCAAUACAAUCUACGAGUUCUGCGGUUACACGGAUAUCUUCUACAAUCUCAUGCUCUGUGUCAAUGUGAUCAUCCGUCGAUCGGAGGAACAGAUCCUGCGAUUUGUGCAGCCGCACAUCAAGGACCAGGGACGCGGACUGGUCGCGCUCAUCUUCAAGGCCUACGCGGUCCACCGCGACAACCAGAGAAUCAUCGCAAUUCUCGUCAGCACGCUGGAGGUUGUCAUGGGUUACGAUGGCAUACUCGAGGCCCUAAUCGACGACCUGUGUGCUAUGAAAGCCCUCCUAGAGGAGGUCUGCAGUCGGUUCCCCAGCGUGGAGAAUCUGGGAGACGUGGCGAGAAGGACGUUGGAGGGGCUUCCCGAGGUUUACAGCGCCUACGAAGAGGAAGAGACACUCCCCACCGUCUAG